UAAUUUGAGUGCAUCGCGAACGAUAACAACAAGUAAGCUAUGAGUGAGUUUCAAUGCCUAUGAAGAAAAAAAAUAUUUCAUUACGUAAAUAGUCAUAUUUCUGAGGACGAAUAUAAAAAUGAAAAUUUUGACAAUAUUCGCAAUAAUAAAUUUAGAGAUUUUUUGUUUGAGUGCACAAUUGAGCGGUGAAGUCGAUGCAGAUGAUUGCGACCUUCAGACAGUGGCCUCCUUGGGAGCAAGUGCCGAUGCUGGGGGAGAAAAUGAAGUUGAUGUGCAAGCAAAUUUUCCAUCGUGCAAGUGUCUGAGGCGUCUGGAUCUUCAAGGAUCUUUGGGGGCCACAGGCUCCGCUAGUGUUGUUUCAGACGGUAAUACUAAAAAGGGUGACGUUUUUCAAAGUAUUUCCGUUAUUAUACCGGGGGUUAAUUGCAUCGAAACAGAAACUUACGAAGAAGAAUCAGUUGAAGGAGAGUCCGAAAGUGCUACGAAUAUUGACUCAGGCACUGAACCUAUCGAACCUGAGCCUACUGAACCUGAAUCUGUCGAACCUGAGCCUACUGAACCCGAACCUACCAAACCCGAACCUACUGAACCUACUGAACCCGAACCUACUGAACCUGAACCUACUAAACCCGAACCUACCGAACCCGAACCUACUGAACCUACUGAACCUGAACCUACUGAACCUGAACCUACUGAACCUGAACCUACUGAACCUGAACCUACUGAACCCGAACCUACCGAACCCGAACCUACUGAACCUGAACCUACUGAACCUGAACCUACUGAACCUGAACCUACUGAACCUGAACCUACUGAAUCUGAACCUACCGAACCUGAACCUACUGAACCUGAACCUACUGAACCUGAACCGACCGAACCCGAACCUACUGAACCUGAACCUAUCUUACCCGAACCUACUGAAGCAGCCCAAGGUUAUAGUUAUAUUGCAGAUAUAAAAAGAAUAGACUUAAUAACGGAUGAAAAUGAUUUCAUAAAAACAGAAGAAACAAAUAAUGAAGUAGAUGUACCCCUUGAAUUUUAUGAAACAAUGGAGAAAGGCAAUGAUUUUAAAAUAUACUAUGUCGAAAUGUAUGUAACUCGCACUCUGGUUUUCGAGUCAUUUGGUAAUAAAAUAAAACGUGCAUGCGACAAUUCAUAUCCUGAGAGAAGUGUUGAAGCCAAUGUUUGGAAAAUUUUCAAUUUAGCUGUCAUGGGUGGCAAAGAAUGUCCCAUUGAAAAGGGUGACAAUUAUAGUAUCCCUUGGAAACUUGCGCAAACAGAACUCACGUUCAAUGAACCAAUACCGUGUGGAGAAUACAGCUUGCAGAUGUAUUCCAAUACACCCAAUGGUCAAUACGCAAUAGGGAUUACAUUUAGAUGGACGAUUUCAAAAAAUGAUCAUAAUUGCACUGAUGAAGUUCAUGACUUAAAAUAAUUAUUUCUAACAACGGAAAUUCUUAUCAAGGAAAGCGCGAAUAAGAUUUGAAUCUAAUUUUAAAUUUCAAGUAUCCCAUUGGUUUUAAGUUUUCUACGAAUGAAAAACUGAAUUUUAAUUCAUUAAUUCAAAAGUGGAAAUAAAAUUACCGAAGCAUAAUUUAUAUAAACUGGACAAUUAAUUAUUUGUAGAGAUGCUUAAUCAUUUUGAGCCACUUGCCAACAAAUUUAUUAAAUUCCCUACAGUAGUCCCUCAGAACAAAGGAAUUUUUCGAGUUAAAAAUUUACAAUAGACAAAAAGAAUGGAUUUGUAAAAUUACAAGUGUAAAAAAUAUAAACUCCAAAGCAGAUUCCGGUUCCAUUUCGAUGCAUUUCAGGUCGCACCGCACACAUCCGCUUUUGAUUUCCGUAUCAACAAACAGGUGGACGUUAAAACCCUCUUUGGACUAUGGCUAUUUCCGUUCAUGUGUCCGUUACUGUAUACAUCGUCGAUGUAUUAAACAUACACAUAUAUAUCUAUAUAUACUUACGUAUAUAGAAUGGAUUUAAAUUUGCAUUGAGGAUAUCCCGUAGUGGAAAUACUUGUCAACUGAUUCAACCUAAUGGAAUAAGUCCCAGGCUUUGAAAUAA